CCCGCAGUGAUCCAUGACUCCGCCCCCGGCUUCCAUUUCUGAACUGAGGGGAAGCUGCCGCUCUCGCGUAGAGUCCUCGCCUUUUUUAUAUACUCAUUUAAGUAAAUAAACUAGGUUAUCUGGCGUAAAAUAGGACCAUUGCUUAAAGGUAGUGAGUAAAACAGCAGUUAUUGUUCAUCGCGGUGUGCUGUUUGAGUAGUGGCUUGAAGUGUAGCUAGCAUUUUAUUCCCCAUUUUAACUUUACUAAGCGGCGUUUUCCGCCGUUUUUUUUCUUUUCACCGCCCCGCUCACUCUACCCCCUUGUGCGUGAGUAGGGGCCUGCAACGUUGGUUUGGCCACGAGGCGCGUCGGUACAGUUGGAACAGGGCGAUGGCGGAGUUCGGUAACGGACUAGCGGAGGAAUCCCUACUAGAUUCAGACCCCGGACAUCCCGAGCUGGAAGACCCGGGUGUCGGAGACGAAGAACCGGGGUUAGAAGAGGGAGAGGCCGCAAUUGAAGACCCGGAGCUGGAGGCAAUCAAAGCCAGAGUGAGAGAGAUGGAGGAAGAGGCAGAGAAGCUGAAGGAGCUCCAGAACGAGGUGGAGAAACAGAUGAAUCUCAGCCCCCCACCAGUCGGCCCUGUCAUCAUGUCCAUCGAGGAAAAGAUGGAAGCAGAUGGCAGAUCUAUUUAUGUUGGAAACGUGGACUAUGGUGCCACGGCAGAAGAGCUGGAGGCUCACUUUCAUGGCUGCGGUUCAGUAAACAGAGUCACCAUCCUAUGUGACAAAUACACAGGGCAUCCCAAAGGGUUUGCCUAUAUUGAGUUUGCAGACAAAGAGUCUGUAAGGACAGCCAUGGCUUUGGACGAGUCCCUUUUCAGAGGAAGGCAGAUAAAGGUUGGCGCUAAGAGAACAAACAGACCAGGCAUCAGCACCACAGACCGCGGCUUUCCACGGGCUCGGUUCCGGUCACGGGGUGGAAGCUUCUCAUCACGUGCACGCUACUACAGCGGCUACACGCCACCCAGAGGCAGAGGACGGGCCUUCAGGUUUCAGGACCAGUGGAGGCUGACGACCCCUCCCCAGGUGGCGCAGGCCCCCCCCACUGUCUCCGCAGCGUCUCUCUCUCUCUCUGCUCCCGCUAUGCACACUCACCCCAUCCUGUCCGUGUGGGGGGGCGGGGGAGGGGGGCAGGGUGACCACAGGCCCGCCGCGGGGGGCAUUUACUACAACAGCAAACGCUGACGAUGCUUUUAGUCCCUUUUCACACACUUACACUCUCUCUCACACGAACACACCACAGCACACU